AUGGCAAGUUGUAAUGAUAACGUACCUGAAAAUAGCGGCCCAUCGGAAACUGACAACAAAAAUAAAGUGCCUGAAUGGAUUUUAGCUAAACAAGGGAUUAAUCUAAUUAUAAAUAAUAAUAGCACAGAUGCGAAAAAUCUAUUUUUGCAGUAUCCGGACAGUUUAGUUAUGUUUGCGGGAUAUUCCUUCGCAAUGUUUAUGGAUGCGUUGAUGAGCUUCGAAGAAGACAAACUUAAUCUAGCCAUUUCAACCCUAAAGGACGUGGAGAAGAGAUGCGUGGCAGAGACAGGUUGGCUCAGGCAGAUGAUACCAAGAGUUUUUGGUAGAAGUGAACCUCCCAAGCCGCUUGCCGAGCAAUUGGAAACCCAGAUCAUCCUAGCGGACUCCCAAGUAUGCAUAGGAAUACUGACGUUUCUGCAGCAGGACUUUUCAGGAUAUUUCAAGGCGGGAUGGGUACUGAGGAAAGCCUGGAAGGUGUAUCAGAAGGUUUAUAAGGAAAUUCUGGCGUUGUAUACGGAGCAUAUUGGAGAGCUUCAUCUACCAGAUCCAUCGAAUAUUACUGAGGCCUCUUCGUCAUCUCUAACGCAAAGCCUGAGUGAAAUCGCCGCGGCAUGGGACAUCCCCGAGUCACCCCCCGCCAACGGGUACAUCCCCUUCUCCACAAUCCCCCACUCCAAAUCCGCUAUUCUACACAAAACUCCCAACGGCACCUGCCUCAACCCCUCCAAAGGCUCCACAUUCGAAGAGCAGGCGGUAAAUAAUCGUCAUCUAUCAUUUAUCAAAAAAUCAACGUCUACCAACAGUGGCCUAACCUCUUACUCCACGAACGGAAGCCUUUGGAGUUCCAAACUUAAUCCAUUCCAAAAUUCUCUUUCCUUACACAGUUUUCCUUCACUGAACAUAUUCCCUUCACAAGGCAAUAUACAGGAUCGCCAAAUAGAGAGAAAGGUCAUAGAGAGGCUGAUGGCAGCCGUUUCCUUUGGCUUUGGGCUGUUCCAACUUGGAAUUUCUCUCCUGCCACCUUCCCUGCUCAGGUUGACCAACAUUUUGGGAUUUGCGGCCAAUAAACAGAACGGAAUAGCGUGUUUGAUGUACGCUAGGUUAGGAGUUGACAUGAGGACGCCGUUAGCCACACUUGCCUUACUUUGGUACCAUACUAUAGUCAGGCCAUUCUACGCAGUGGAUGGCAACAACGUCCAAGCAGGCGUAGACAUAGCUAAUGCCCUUCUUAAAGAAUCUGACGGGGAAUAUGGAAAAUCAGCCUUGUUUUUGUUCUUCGGUGGAAGAGUAUCUAGAUUGAAUUCCGAUAUAAACUCUGCCCUGAAGUAUUUUCAAGAGGCGGCAGAGAACGCAAAUCAGAGGGAGAUCAAACUUUUGUCGCUUCAUGAGGUUGGUUGGUGCCAUCUCAUAGAGUUGGAUUAUUGUGCUGCUGAAAGUGUUUUUGCGUAUUUACACACUUCGAGUAGAUGGUCAAGGAGCUUCUACGCAUAUCUAGCAGCGAUUUGUUCAGGUGCUUGUCAAAAUUCGUUAAGUUUCAACCUCUUCCAGGAUCUACUGAAAUGUGUUAGCAGUGCGUCGAAGAUUAACCAACUAGACGAGUUCUUGAACAAACGAUCGAAGCGUUGCCCUUCUGAUUUCGAAGAAAUUAAAUCUAAGAGAGCUAUUUACUGGAAACUACUUGUUUUCGAAAUGUUAUACCUUUGGAAUGCCUUACCUAGCUGUACCACUAGUAACUGCAGUAAAAUUAUAAACGAUUGUGCGACUAUCGUUGACUUGCAAAAAGACGAACCUAUGAAGGGCUUGUCAAAGCUAAUUCUGGGAUGCGCUUAUUGCAACUCCGGCCAAAUCGAAUUGGGAAUUGAAAAUUUCAGAAAAUGCUUGGAUAUGAGACAAGGCUUGGCGCCAAAUUUAGAAGAUGCUCACAUAUCUGCCUUUGCUCAGUACGAGCUUGGAGCACAUCUGUUAAGAAACGAAGAGACAAAACAGGAGGGAAAAACACUUCUGCAACAGAUGAAUCGAUAUAGUAAAUACGAUUUUGAACAGAAGUUAACUAUUAGAGUCUAUUCGUUGUUGAGGAAUCUCAGUUAG